AUGCAGUCGAGCUGUACACACGUCUGCCACUGUGGCGACACGGCCGCGCAGCAAGCUGCACCAGCAAGCAAUGCUCGUCAGGGCGAGUGGAUCUGGUCCACCAGCGACGGGUUUGCAGCCAACACCUGCGACCUCGGGUACGCAUUCGCACCGGACGGCGACAACUUUCUCGGUCUUUCGGCGUAUUCGACACCCACGACCUCGACGCUGGCAGGGAUGGGGCCCAAGCGAGACGCCGCGGGUGGUGCGUCAUCCUGGCUGCCGCAGAACGAGACCGUCGAUGGUCUGUGGGGCGCGUCGGCGUUUGUUGACAUGGACCUGCUCCCCCCAGGUAUGGCGAUCGAUCUGGACCUCGGCAUCCCCAGCCUCGCGCAGCUUGGUACGCACGACGUGACGGCCACACCGAUCUCGAGGCACGACUCGCUGCCGACGCCGGGGCUGACGCACUCCCCCGCCAGCGCGCGCACGUACGAGGCACUACCUGCCGUAGGCUUCAGCGCGCACACCGUGUCGUCGGUCGGAUCAGCACCGUCGGUACCUGCAACACCGACGAACUUGUCUCUGAUCGAGACGGACAGUCUGGUGGAGCCGAACAAGCAGACGGCGUAUCAGGAGAUGCUCGCCGCUCCCGCACAGGGCCUUGCAAGCGCCUUUGACUUUACGAACUUCCCGCACACCACCACCACGCAAGCCUACGCUCAGCAACACGCGUCGAUAGCGACGCAACCCAGCCAGGCACGAGGGUGCGUGUGUUCGGCGUCGUUGACGCGCACGGCGACAUCGACUUCGCACAUGGACAUGGCUACGCAAGUGGCAAUCCCCGCGCCGGGGUGGUUGGACCCUGAAUCAGUCUCGGUGCUCGCUCCCGUCGAACCUUACGCGUCGACGCUCGCUCCACCACCGAGCGUGUUCGAGUACAGCGAAUGGUCCGACGCAGGGACGGGUGGGUGGACGAUGCCCGCCACGUGUCCCAUCAGCACGCGUUACGAACCGUACCGCAAUCCCUCCGUUGCCUCUACAGCGUCGUCGAGCUCGAGCUUCCUGGCCGAGCCUAGUGGGAGUCGACGCCGGUCUUUGACUGUGGGGAGUCUGCCGAGUGCGGCGUCGUGCGUGGUGGACAGGGUGCGGAUGCUCGGUGCGUGCAGGGCGCCCUCGCCGGGAGUGCAACACUCGCUUCCGGCAUCGCCGCGACUGUCGGCGUCGAAAAAGUUCAACUCGAUGCCGUGCCGACGCAUACGCGCACCCACCGCCACUUCCAUCUUCCCCGCCGAGGCCGUUGAAUCGGCCAGCCUCGUGGACCGACGUAUGGCGUCGCUAUCGGCGCGCUCGCGCUCCCACACGCCUCAUCGCGGUCUGGCUAGCCUCUUCACCGCACGCGACGCAUUCAUCGAGCCCGCCGAAGCCUCCCCCGCGCUGUCGGACUUCUCGCUCGGGCUCAACACACCCACGAGCAGCACAUUCUCUCCGCCCUGCACACCCACCCUCGCCAGCAUCGGAUCGAAGCACGAUGGCGAGGCAGAGGAAGGUCGAGCCAAGAUCGCCAUGCACCACCACCGUACCAAGCUUCAGCGUGCGGUGCUGAACGAGGUGGUCACCUCGCUCCAGGGCGCAUACAAGCACUGUCGUCGACAGUAUGCGCUCGACAGUGCGUCCGAGCUUGCGGGGGAGCUGCUUGCGCUUCAGCUGCAGGACCACGACGGCUGGCAAGACGGAUCGAGUUCGGCGUCGGUGGUGGUGGCGGGUGAGACGCGCGAGAUGCGCAAGAACCGGCAAAAGGCCGAGAGCAAGAUGCGCAUGCGGCGCAAGGAGAUCCAACAGUUCGCGGCGCUCGUGCGAUUCGCCCAGCUCGCCACAUCUCCAACCACCCCCGAGCCGGUAGUACGAUCGCUGGUCGAGGUGUUGGGCGAGCAUCGCGAGUCGUGGUGCACACUUAUCGCGCUCGAAAAGCGACUCUUCCAUGCAGUGCGAGAUAAGCUCGGCUUGGCAGAGCUCGUGGUCAAGAAGCUGCUCGAACAGUGCAUCCCUCCUCCCCACCACUGA